AUGGCGAAUGCGAGUCAACGUGACAUUGUAGUGAGCCAGAAAAUCGGUAAAUUCGCAGUUAUCCUCGAUUGGGUUGAGAACAUGUGGAAGAAUGAGAUCUGUGAGAGUAUUGCGACGGGAUUGAACAUUGGUAGAAUGGGUCUCCACAAUAAGCCCAUAAUCAUCGACGGUAAGGAUCACCUCCUCGGACGUUUGGCUUCUAUCGUUGCCAAGCAGCUCCUUCAAGGCGAGAAGGUUGCCGUAUUGCGAUGUGAGGAAAUCGCCAUCUCUGGAAAUUUCCACCGAUCAAAACUGAAGUACAUGAGCUUCCUCCGCAAAAGAUGUAACAUCAAUCCCGCUCGCGGUGCCUUCCACUAUAGAUCUCCCGGAAAGAUUUUCUGGAGGACUGUCAGAGGUUAG